UUGAAUGUUUUUUUUAAAUGUGGUUUUUUGGUGGGCAGGGUUGAAAGAAAAGCGGAAUACGAGAAGGGGGGGGGGGGGAAAGCCAUUGCAAAGCCAGAGGUUUAAGAAGAACGAGGCAAAAUGACCGAGAUCCAACGAGAAAAUUUGCUUCGCUGCAAGGACUAUAUAGUGAAGACUUUGAAUCCCGCUUAUAUAUUGAGCUACAUGAAAACCUGGCUGUCUGACGAGGCUGUGGAGCAAAUCCAAGAGCAAAGCAACCGGCCAACCAAGGCAGCAGAACUCUUUCUUCAGUCUAUUCUACAGCUCAAGGAGGAUGGAUGGUUCCGUGGUUUUCUUGAUGCGCUGAAAGCAUCAGACUAUACUGGCCUUUAUCAAGCAAUUGAAACAUGGGAUUUCAAGACAAUUGAAAGUUUGGAACCUCACAGGGAACUGUUGAAACGAAUUGAGCCCGCUAUUCAGGAUAUUAACGUCACAGAACUUCAAGGCUACAUGGGAGAAUGCCUCCAAUCUCAGGAAUGGGAAGAAAUUCAUCAGAUUAGUCGCAAUAAGGGGAGAAGAGCAAGUGCAAGCAAACUGGUGGAAUGCCUGUAUCGAUCAGACAAAGAACAUUGGCCUAAAAUGUUCCAACACGCACUGUAUGAGGCUGGAUACGACGGUCAUGGCAAACUGUGGGAUUUGAAAGGAGAUGAUAAUGCAGACGUUGAAAUGGGAAAUGAUGAAAGCAGCGGUGUUUUUCAAAUACAGAUUUCUGAAGAAGCAGAAUCUGAUAAUCUUUGUGAGAGUUCAUGUUCAGCUUCAGAUACCUUCCAGCAGACCAGAUAUGUGCCGAGGAAGGCAAGGAGCUAUCAGAUAGAACUUGCUGAGCCUGCUCUUAAUGGCAAACACACCAUGAUUUGUGCCCCUACUGGAUCUGGGAAGACUUUUGUGUCUAUUAUGAUAUGUGAGCAUCAUCUCUGCAACAGACCUGCUGGGCAGACAGGAAAAGUAGUCUUCCUCGCUACAAAAGUUCCAGUUUAUGAACAACAGAAGAAAGUCUUCCAGGAACACUUCAAAACUGACUACAAAAUUGACGGCAUCUGUGGAGAAAAUGCUUCCUCGACUUCUGCAGAAAUAGUUAUUCAGGAGAAUGAUAUUAUUGUCAUGACGCCCCAGAUUCUUUUGAACUCUCUGAAUAAUAAGGGGACAAAUAUUUCUCUUUCAACAUUCACAUUGAUGAUAUUCGACGAGUGCCACAACACUACGGGGAAUAACCCAUAUAAUGUGCUAAUGUUCAAGUAUUUGGACCUUAAACUGAAGCAAGGAGCACGCUCAUUACCUCAGAUUGUAGGCUUGACCGCUUCUCCCGGCAUUGGCAGUGCCAAGAACAUAGGUGAGGCCAUAGACUACAUCUGCAAGAUUUGUGCUUCGCUCAAUAUUGAAGUGAUCUCAACAGUCAGAAAGAACAUAAAGGACCUUGAAGAAAUUGUUCACAAACCUGAAAAAAUCAUUAAAUUACAAUAUGCCUUGAAUCAGAACGUGAAUAAAGAGAUCUCUGCUCUUCAUUGUAGGCCAUUUUUUUUAAAAAAAAUCUUUCCUUCUCCAUUAGAUGACUUGUCUGUGAUCAAGAAACAGUGUUAUGGGACCCAGAAGUACGAGCAGUGGGUUGUCGACAUGCAGAAGAAAGCUGUGGUGUUACAGUGUAAAAAUGCAGAAGAAGAGAGCCGAGUCUGCAGGGCUCUGUUUAUUUGCAUGCAGCACCUCCGGAAAUACAAUGAUGCCUUAAUCAUCAAUGAAGAUGCCCGAACCAAAGAUGCCUUGGAUUAUCUGAAAGAUUAUUUUGAGGAUAUAAAAAAUUGCUACUUUGAUGAUAUUGAACAGCAGUUGGCUUCAAAUUUUGAAGUCAAUUUGUCAGAACUCACUGCUGCUUCCGAGGAUGAAUCAAAUGAAAACCCUAAAUUGGAAGAUAUUCGAGAGAUUUUGGAAGAGGCAUAUCAUGUCAAUCCUGAGACACGCACUAUUCUCUUCGUGAAGACAAGAGCGCUGCUGGCAGCAUUGAAGAACUGGAUAGAAGAAACGCCUGAACUUCAGUUCUUGAAGCCACAGACGCUGAUGGGACGUGGGAAAAGAAACCAUUGCACAGGCAUGACCCUCCCAAAUCAAAAAGGCACUUUAGAUGCCUUCAAAAUCAAUGGGGACAGCAAGCUGCUAAUAGCAACUUCAGUGGCUGACGAAGGGAUCGAUAUUGUUCAGUGCAACCUGGUCCUACUAUAUGAAUACACAGGCAACAUCAUCAAAAUGAUACAAGUCAGAGGUCGUGGAAGAGCAAAAGACAGCAAGUGCAUUCUUGUGACGAGCAAAAAAGAAGAGGAAGAGAAGGAGAGAUACAAUUUACAAAAAGAGAAAAUGAUGAACAAAGCUAUUGAAGAGGUACAGAGUUGGGAUGAAAAGAAGUUUGCAAAGAAGAUAAACGAGUUGCAAAAGCAGCAAAUAAAAAUGCUAGCUUCCAAGAGAAAAACAACAGAACCCAAACCCUGGAAAGACAAUCUAGUCCUUUUGUGUGGGAAAUGCAAAACCGAGGUCUGCAGCACGGAGGACCUCCGGGUGAUUGAGGAGUCGCACCACACGGUUUUGGGCGAGAAAUUUAAAACACGGUAUAUCACAAAACCUCAUAAGGCAGCACGCAGCUACGGGGAUUUUGAGAAAAAAUUCAAGAUGCAUUGCAUCAUUGACAGUUGCCAUCACGACUGGGGAAUCAUUGUGAAGUACAAGACCUUUGAAGACAUGCCCAUCAUUAAAAUUGAGAGUUUUUCUGUGAAGGAUGUUGUUAGCAACAGGCAGAAUCAUUUUGGAAAAUGGAAGGAUGUUGAUUUUGCAGUGAAAGACCUUGAUUUUGAAGAGCUAUCUUACUGAAGUACGGUCUAUUCAAACUUUAUAAUCUUGCAUGCCCUAGUUAAUUCUAUUUUAAAGUCAAAUUGGUAACAGAUCCUAUUGACUUUCCACUUACUCCAGUGUAAAAAUUCAAACUCCAAGUAGCUGUGACAUCUGAUUCUUAGUACGCUUCCAGUAUUCAGUGCUGCUUCAAAAAAGCUGAAAUGUUUCCACUGCUGUCUUUUGUUUACGCAAACUAAUAAUAAAUGUACAUAUUUGAAACUUUAAA